AUGCGUCCACAAGGGAAGACGUUGGAAAUGGGCAAGAGAGCCCUACCUCGGAGCAGCGACGGCGACGAAGACCGGACAGGAGACCUGCCGGAUGGGAUCCUCCACCACAUCCUCGGGUCCCUGCCGGCGCGGGACGCCGCGCGGACGUGCGUGCUCGCGCGGCGGUGGCGCCACCUCUGGAAGUUCGCCACGGGCCUGCGCAUCACCGACCGCGAAAUGCGGGAGCCGGCGCCCAUGGAAAAGCUCCAGGAUUUCGUGGACCACCUGCUGCUCCUCCGCGGGCGCGCGCCGCUCGAGACGUGCUGGCUCAACUUGACCCGGCUGUCGUCCGACGGCGACGCCCGCCGUGUGAACCUCUGGUUCCGGCAUGCGGUUCUGUGCGAGGUCCAAGUGCUCCGGCUGGAUCUCAUUCUUAAUGGCUUUCAGCUCAAGCUAGACGACCUGCCUCUAGCCUCCCGGUGCUUGGCGAAGCUAAACCUUUCUGGUGUCCAUUUGAUGCACAGUUUUCCCGAUUUCUCAUGCUGUCCGGUGCUGGAACAUCUAGAUAUCUUCUUCUGUGACUUGUCAGAUGCCAAGAAGAUCACUUCACAGUCCAUGAAAUGCCUCAAUAUCAGACAUUGCACUUUCAGCCAAAUAUCCCGCACUCGUAUUUCUGCCCCUAAUCUCAUUUCAUUGCGGCUAGAAAAUUAUUGGCACCGGACUCCUGUCUUUGAGGUUAUGCCGUUAAUAGUGGAUGCAUUUGUCAGAGUACACGAUCGAUCUGGGGAUUGGUAUAGUUGUACAAGUGGUAAUGCUGAUUUUGAGGAAUGCCUUUGUGAGGAUUGUGACUUUUGUCAUAGCAACACCAAUUGUGUGAUUAUGCAAGCUUUAUCACAGGCUAAGAAUUUGGUGUUGUCAGCUCAUGAACAAGAGGUUACUGAACAUGAUGAUGAGGUGGAAAUGAAAGGAAGUUGUAGUCAAAUGGAGAGAUCAUCUGCAAUAUCAAAACAUCUUAAGUUUCAGUUUCGAGUAGGCUUUAAAAGUUGGGCUGUUCCAUGGAUCUACUACUAUGUUACUGUUCAGAGCAUUGGUGGCUUGGUGCUUAAUUUGCUGUGA